AUGAAACUGUCUCUGCUGAGUUACUCGUCCUGUUCGGUUGUCGCAGCGCUGGUCAUCAUUCGCGGGGGUGGUGACCCCCGGGGCAGCUCCUUUGCUUUGUGCGUUGCUCGGCCGAUGGGUGAUCGGCCACCCCCGACGCACGAUAGGGACUACGGACAGGAGGACGCAGACAAGUUAGGAGCUGAAAUUGGACAGAAGGGGGAGCAGCACGAUGACGUCGAUACAGAACAGGAUGAUCACGUCGAUACAGAAGCGCACGGAGAUGACUCCGAUUCUUUAUUCAAUAAAAGCACACCAACAGAUGGGAGUAAAAACGUCAAGGUAGACCUACCCUUGGUUAAAUACCUACCCUCGUAUGUUAACCCCCUCCUGAAUGACAAACCAGUGGAUAAAAUGAAUGCACCAAUUGGAGAAAAGAGGCUCCCCCUUAGUGAUCUGCACAAGGGGGGUGAUCACCACCCAAACGAGUGCACAAGGGAUGGACGAUUCGAUCCUUCUAAGCAACAGUAUGAAGCGUCAUGUAGGGAGGAUGUCGAAGUGGGUAAGCAUGCCAAUGAAAGGAACGACCAAGGUAGGAAGGGACAACCCAGUGAAGGGAACUACCAUGGUAGGAAGGAAGCUACCUCCGGUGCCACUAACACAUGGAGGCGUAAAAAGAAGACAGACUUACGCCACAGAAUGAACCCAACAGAACACGGUCUGAUGGACGAUUCACCAAUGAAGGAGAAGCAGACGCACAGAGAGACGCUCAAUUCAUAUGGAAGUAACUUCGCUCAUCGUAACUCCGACAAGGAAGGACAACAUCGAGUAGGGAAGCUCAAACUGAGGACGAUAAGGGACGAUAAGAAAAUGAUAAAGGAUAUUAUGACCCCACAGGUGGUUAAGGUUGUUAAGGAGUACCUACUGAAGGGGAGGAAGAAAUAUAGGAAUGGCCAAAUGGAGCCUUUGGGAGGGUUAUCCUCAGACCAGCUGCACAGGGGAGAUAGUGCCAAGUGGGGGAGCAGCAAAGUCAAUCGCCCCUUGAGAUUCUUUCCAGCGGACUUCGCGCCCCACUCCGGCGACGGCAAACGGGGAGCAGCCAAGAGGUCCAUCAUAAAUGAGAAGCUGCUCCGAAAUUUAGACCAAAUAACGCUGAGCGCAUCUGGCAGCGGAGGCACAGAUGAGGAACGUUCCCAGGAGGAUGCCGAGGCAGGUGCGCUACACAACAUAUAUCGAGGGGUCGUCAAGCUGUAUGUGGACAUCACUGAGCCGAGCCUUGAAAUGAUCUGGAACAACAGACCCCCCAAACGCGUCACCGGCUCCGGGUUUGUCAUCGAGGGGGAUCUCAUCUUGACGAACGCGCACAACGUGUCGUACAGCACCAGAAUCUUAGUGAGGAAGCACGGGAGCUCCAAAAAGUACGAGGCCACCGUUUUGCACGUCACGCAUGAAGCCGACAUAGCCAUCCUGACCGUCGCAGACAGGAGUUUCUAUCAGGACGUGAGCGCCCUGGAACUGGGCCAGCUGCCUUCCCUGCGGGACGACGUCAUAACGGUUGGCUACCCCUCGGGGGGGGACAAGCUCAGCGUCACCAAGGGGAUAGUAAGCCGGAUAGAGGUCCAGUACUAUAGGCACUCCAACACAAGACUCCUCCUGACACAGAUAGACGCACCGAUGAACCCAGGGAACAGCGGCGGGCCAGCCCUGGUAAAAGGAAAAGUGGCAGGCAUCUGCUCCCAGUUACUGAGGAUGGCAAACAACACCUCGUAUAUCAUUCCCACCCCAGUGAUAAAACAUUUCCUCAUGGACCUGCACAGAACGGGAAAGUACAAUGGGUACCCGUCGUUGGGGGUUAAGUACCUUCCUCUGGAUAAUGCUAACUUACGACGACUGGUAGGGUUGACCGAUUUGGAGAAGAGGCAAGCGGUGGAGGAGAACAGUGGCAUUCUCGUGACCGAGGUGGACGAGGAGCAGAUGCGGUACGAGCCAGGCGACGUGAACUACUGUGCGCACGCGGAGGGGACACUCGGGAAAGGGGCGACCCCAAGGCAGGCUCCUUUAACAGGGGUUUUUGCAGAAGGGGAACUCGCAGCAGGGGAACUCGUAGCAGGGGAGCUCGCAGCAGGGGCACCUUCAACACGGGUGGGCCCCUCUCGGAGAAGACCCGUCGCCACCCGCACAGAUGCACACUGCUACGGACUGAAAAAAAACGACGUGAUUAUAUCCAUAGAGGGAACACAAAUAAAAAGCGACGGAACGGCGACCUUACGAGGAGACGAAUCCGUCGAUUUCCAGUUUCUCCUCAAUGGAAAAUAUGUCCGCGAUCUAUGCACCUGUCGAAUUGUAAGAGAGGGACGUAUCAAAUCGGUGGUGGUGAGAGUGAGUACGGUUAACUACUUAGUUAGGCAACAUAACUGGGACGUCCGAAACAAGUUUCUAAUUUAUGGGGGGGUCGUCUUUACCACCCUGACUAGGAGUCUCUACCCCGAUGAGGAGACAGACAACGUCGAAUUGCUACGGCUACUUCAGUUUAAUUUGUUCAGGAAAAACAGAAAAGACGAAAUCGUCAUCGUGAAACGGAUCCUCCCGUCUAAGCUAACCAUCGGAUUUAACUAUAGAGAUUGCAUCGUUCUUACAGUGAAUGGCAUGCCCGUGCGGAACUUACAGCACCUUGUUGAUGUAAUUGAUAAAGGGGGGGCGGAGAAAACGAUGGAGACGACGGAGAAGACAGCCGAGAUGACAGCCGAGAUGACAGCCGAGAUGAGGACCGACAUGAUGAUGAAGAAAGAGGCGCCCUCCACCUCGGAGAACCUGAAUCCGUAUCUCAAGUUCACCUUAGAGAAUGAUCCUUUUUUCCACGCGGAGGAAAAGGAUAACCUUCUCCACUUUCUCCUUCUCACUUCGGAUGGCCAACAGGUGCCACUUGUUUUACUCCGCUCCGAGGUCCAACGGGAGGCCGCCGAAAUUAAGCGCAUCUAUGGUAUCACUCGUGAGCGCUACUUGUACGCUGAUUAG